CCAAGAACAGUGGUGAAUAUGGGAGACGACCGUGUGAAGUUCAUAUGCAAAAGAACAGUGGUGAGUACAAAACCGGUCGAACCGGGGAAAUCAUACCGAUUUUCGGUAUUCGAUCGAGUGAUGGAACCGAACCACAUACGCUUGGUUUUCUAUUACAAAUGCCCCAAUGCCAAAAAACCGGGAGAAACCACCAAGAAGCUGAGGGAAUCAUUGGCGGAGGCUCUAACUUGUUUUCCGAUGAUAACCGGGAGAUUGGUUAAGGACGAAGGCGAGCGUGGAUGGAAGGUGAGAUGCAACGACGCCGGCGUGAGGAUGAUCGAGGCGAGAGCCUCCGGCACGGUGGAGGAGUGGCUGGGGAAUGUGGAUACGGAGGAGGAGCUCAGGCUUGUCCACUGGGAGGAAAUUUACCAUGGCUCUAGUUCUUAUUUUUGGUCUACCUUUUAUGUGCAGAUAACUGAAUUUGAAGGCGGAGGGUUUGCAAUUGGGUUAAGUUCUAGCCAUCUUCUUGCAGACCCAAUUUGUGCAACAACAUUACUUGGAGCUUGGGCCGAAGCAACUCUAGCCCCGACCACGAUGGCGGCUUCGCCGCUCGUGCACCAACUCCCGAGCUGUCGGCCGAGAAAUGAAAAGGCCGACCCUAAACCCUACGAUAACCAUCUCCUCAAACAUUACAUCAACUCUUGCUCAUCACAACCCUCGUCGUUUAACCCAACCAAUAACGAUUUCACGACCGUCACUCUUCUAUUCACAGACCCGAUGAUUCGAGCCAUGGCUCGGGCCAAUGGGAUGAAGAUAUCGCCCUUUGAAGCGACGGUCGGCCUCAUAUGGACCUGUAUGAGUCGAGCCAAAGGGAUGAGAGACGAGCUCAUGGGCAUGUCACUGUGCUUAGACGUGAGAAUGACCUUGAACGUAAACGAAAAUUUCUUUGGUAAUUGCAUGGUCUAUCACAAGCUCCAAAACACCAAAAGAUCGUCAGUCACAACAACCGGAGAUAUAUUAUCACAUGCCAUUGAGGAGAUUCGAAGGACGACGAAGGAAAUCGACUAUGACUCGGUCAUGGACUUGAUCGAGUGGCUGAGAAUCAAAGAUCAUAUUGACCCGAUAAGGAAUGGUUCUGAUAUGGUGUGUACUAAUCUAGAGAAUCUGAUGGAUUUAGGGCAUACGAGGUUUGAAGAAGAGAUGACCUUGAAACACGUGUCAUGCUACGUGGAAGGUCCGGCGGUUGGAGGAGGUCGAGUUACGGUGCUUCCGCCGCUGUCGACUGGUGAAGGACCGAUGAGCCGAGUGGCUAUGAUCACUCUUCCUCGUACGCUGAUAGCUAAGGUGUUGAGUGAUGAGCUCCUUCAGACCUUCCAUCCCAUUGUACUCAUGGGACCUAAAUGCCAAAUAAAAUAAAAAUAGUUAUUGUUUGUUGUAGUUUGUACUUUGAAAUUAUAAAUUGCACUUAUUGUAAAAGUUUCUAACUUUAUGCAAAUUUUAAUCGAAU